AUGUCAGACGGCGAUUCCGACGCCGCGGUGGACGUCGCGGAGAACGUGGGCGACCGCGCGCCCCCCCGGGAUAGGCACGACAUCACGUACGUCAUCCUCUUCCUCGCCGGCGCGGGGACGUUAUUCCCGUGGAACAUCUUCAUCACCGAGCGCGCGUACUUCGACAGGAGGCUCUUCACGCCCCCGUUCGCGCGCGCGCUCGCGGACUCGUUCGAGGGCGUCUUCGCGGUGACGUACAUGUUCGCCAACGUCCUCGCGCUGUGCCUCGUCGUCCGCGCUAAGCUCAUACCGAAGCUGUCGUCGUUCCUUCGCGUGCCCGCGCCGCUGCUCGGGAUGGCGAUCUUGUUGGCGGCGACCGGGGCGUUCACGUACGACGACGACGCGUCCGGCGACGCGGUCAUGGCGACGACGCUGAUCACGCUCGCGUUGAUGGGCGUCCUCACCGCGUUCGCGCAGGGCGGGUCCUUCGCGUCGUCGUCGUUCCUCCCGCCGCGGUAUAACCAGGCGAUCAUGAGCGGGCAAGCCGCGAGCGGGGUCGUCAGCAGCGUCGUCGCGCGGACGCCGUUCUAUCGGCACCACGCCGCGAUCGCCGCGGAGAGAGAGAGCGUCGCCGCGUUCAGGGAGGGCGAGGAAGGCGACGAGGAGGACGCCGUGAUCGCGCCGCUGCUGCGGGACGGGGGCGAAAGCGCGAGCGAAGAACGCGGCGAAGACGAUUCGCGACGUGCGACGCGACGCUCCGCGGCGGACGCGCGCUCGUACCGCGCGGCCGUGUUCAUCACCUUCGCGGUGACGCUCGUGGUGUUCCCGUCCGUCACGAGCAGCAUAUGCUCGGCGUCGAAUCCGGCGACGGCGCCGCCGUGCGUCGCGCGACCGCCGGGGGCUGGGAUCGCGUCGCGCCUCUCCGGCGACCUCUUCGCGCCGACGAUGUUUCUCCUCGCCAACGCGUGCGACUUUUUCGGGCGGCGCGCGGCUGGGGCCGGAACCGGCGGGGCUGGCUUGAAGUCCCCGCCGCGCGGGUGGGUGCUGGUGGUGCUCUCCAUCGCGAGAAUCGCGUUGAUACCGCCGCUGUUGAUGUGCAACGUCGUCGUGGAGGGGUCCUGGGGCGUGCGACGCGCGCUCGCGGGCUCGGACGUGUGGCCAGUCGCGCUCGUCGCCGCGAUGAGCUUCACGAACGGGCACCUCGGGUCGACGUGCAUGAUGUACGGUCCGUCGUUCGUGGCUCCGGGGAAGCGCGGGGAGGAGGGCGCGAAGCUGUCUCUCGCGGUGAUCGGUGGGUUAGCCACCGGGAGCGUGCUAUCGUUCGCGCUGACCGCGUGGUUGCAGAGCUAGGAGGAUGGGAGAGGCGCGUUCUGUUUGUAUCACCGAAAUGUAUCAACAACGAAAAAAUCACUUUU